AUGUUGUGGUAUCCGCUACGGAUCGUUCAGGGCGGGCUCUUAUUAAGCGGUUUGAUGAACUGGACAUCCAGUGGGAUACCCUGGAGAGGCAGCUCCAGACAUGAUGUAGACUGUGUCGUACCGGGAAGAGGCUCAGAAUUCAGAUGUCGUUUAAAUACGUCGAUGCCACUUGAUUCCGAAGAAGCCCCCAGCCAGCCAUCCAUUUGGCAUGAAGUGUAUAAUCUGACGCGAUGCCCAGGGCCGUCCUGCCACCUAGGACCAUACUGCUGGCGUAACUAUUGGAAACAGGCGCUACAAGUUGAAGACUUGCCACCUAAGAAGCCUCAUUGA